UCUCAAUUUGCAGCUGAAGCCUCGAUGGAUUAUAAGCCCGUCCAAGGAUGUGGACAUCGAAGAAACUUUUUCGACUUCUUGUGAACUCUCCAACUCAAAUGAGAUAUUCAAAACCACGCAAUGACCGGGGUAGUCAAGAGCAACAGGUGCGGAACUUGCAGAGACCGCAAAAUCAAGUGCGAUGAAGUCCAGCCAGUCUGUGGCCCCUGUCAUAAAGGGAAGCGAAUAUGCAAAGAUCCAAUCAGCAAAGUCAAGUUUGCCCGACCAAAGGGUAUAUCUCCACAUGUGGCUCGCGAAAGCGAAAGCUUGAUCGAGACACUCCCGCGCAUAAGCAUUGUCCGCUCCAUUUUCACCACUGAGGGUAGUUCUUUCCAGACACUGAGGAUCGGACGCCGGAGAAGAGCGCUCAGAGGUGUAGCGAAGCCGGAUGCUUAUGCCACGCUUCCGCUGCUACGGCCUCCAAAGCUAUCUUCUGUCGAGUCGUUGCAAUUGGCCAUGCUGCAAAGCUUCAAAUUAGACCAACCUGGCUUGCGGCUAUCUGUGAUGGCUGGAUUCAUGGAAGACGUACCCCGCAUGCUCGGUCAGUCGACGGCUUUUGAUGACUCGAUCUCCUGUCUCGUCAAUUGCCACGGUCUUACCCUCCGUGGUCAGCGACCCGCGGGCGAUAUAGCCCAAGGACAUUUAUAUGCAACAGCACUCUUGAGCUUACAAACUGCACUGAGAGAUUCGGUCGAGAGCUAUUCUGACCUCACUUUGGGUGCCGUGACUAUUCUUGGCUACGUCGAGGUAUUCGGCGGUGGUUCUCGCAUACCUCAAAGCGUCCAGCAUGCAGGAGGUGCAUGCAAACUGAUAGAGGUGAGGGGUCCUUCUCGCCCUCAUUCGAAUUUCACAAAGGUCCUCUACAUGGCCCAACGGGGACAAAGUGUCGUCGUGUCUAUUAUGCGCAAUGAAUCAUGCUUCUUCAGCGAACCGGAGUGGAAAAGGAUCUCGUACGAUAAUCUCUACGAUCGUGAAUCGGAUUUCUUUAUUGAUGAGCUUUUGCGAGAGUUCACCGCAUUGCCAGCACUGCUCGUCAAUGUGCGAGCAUUUUACUACUCGCCUGACGAGAUAGUCAGCUAUGGUAUCUACCUCGAAGCCCUACGGCUUCGGGAAUCCUUGGUAUUGGUGACUGAUUUCGUCAAUCAAAAGCUACGAAACGGGCAUGACAUCGCGGAAGGGCCUCCGACACUCGGAGACACAUUCCUGACCAAAACCUACCAGUUUUCCUCCAGGGAACUGGCUCAUGUCUGCACCUUUUCCUGGGGUGUUUCAAUUAUUAUCAACACCAUCAUCGCUCGCUUUCUCCCCGCGAACACAACCGCAUCUGUAGUCCGCGGCCUGCAAGAACAGUGCUUAUUCGCCCGCCAACGCAUCUUCAUGUCCUGCAAAUACUCACAGCAAUUCCGCCCCUUCGGCACCCAAUAUCUUGCUGCUCCACUUAUCAUUGCCUAUCGAGGCGCCACGGUCGAGGAAAAGACAUGGAUCAUGCACCAGCUGUGGCAGAUAGGCGAGCUGAUGACUGAAGUGGAGGUAGUUUGGGGUUCCGUCAGCUUGGAGUACGCAUCGAAGCUUUUCUACGGAGAGUCGAUUGUUCUUCCUUCAGGUCGUGGAGACAGCGAAGACAGGAAUGGCUCUGACUUCGCUAAUUGUUCGUACAUGAUGAAAGUACGGAAGCAGUGGGAGCAGUUCAACGUCGCUAACAGAGUGCUUUACUGGGAGGGAAAGAACGCUUGACCGCCAGAUGCCAACAGACAAGAUUCGAGACUGGCAGCUUGCCAUACCGUACCACAGGUGUCUCGGGCAUUCCAGCUUACGCGCCGGAUCCGAGUCUCCCAUCGACGCCAACCUUCAUUACCACCGACGCGAUUUCGGACCAUGACUACGGAGCCAUUUCUCCCCGGGGAGCCAGCGUGCAGGCGUGAU